CAACUGAAAAGUAAGAAGUGAUUUAUUAUUAAGAUAUGAAGAUAAUGAAUAAGUUAUUGAUAAUAGCGAUUAUAUUAUUUGAGAUUUCAAGAAUAUUUUCGGUGGAAAAUAACUCUUCAAAAUUUGUGGCGGAGUUGAACAAGUUAUUAGUGAAUGAUAAAAUUGCAGAUGACUACUGCAAUGAUAGAAAAAUAAUAUAUUGCAAUAAUGGUGAGGUGAGUGAUGUUGUAUUGGAUGGGGUUGAAUUAUCAGCAUUUCCUGUAGUGAUUAGAACAAUUAAAAAUACAUUAAGAAGUUUAAAAAUAGGUCAGACAAAUCUGCAAGGUAAUAUUCCGAAUGAAAUUUAUGAGCUGAAUGAAUUGAUAAGUCUGGAUCUAAGAGGAAGCAAAUUUAGUGGUAGUUUAAGCGAUAAUAUUAGAAAUCUAAAUAAAUUAAGAUAUCUUAAUUUAUAUAAUUUGAAUCUAUCUGGAUGGAUACCUGAUGGUUUUUACUUGUUGACUGAUCUGCAUGCUAUGUUUUUAGAUGGGAACAAAUUUAAUGGUAUUUUAAGAAAUGAUAUUGAAAAUAUGAAGAAUUUAAAAUUUAUUCUAUUAAAUGGAUCAAAUCUAUCUGGACCAAUACCUGAUGGUCUAUAUUCAUUAAGUAAUUUAGAACAUAUAAUGUUAGGGGGUAAUAGAUUUAAUGGUAGUUUAAGUGAUAAGAUUAGAAAUCUAAACAAGUUAAAAUAUAUUGAUUUAAGUAAUUUAAGUCUAUCUGGACCGAUACCUGAUGGCUUAUAUUCAUUGAAUAAAUUGGAAUACCUGUAUCUACAAGGAAACAAAUUUAAUGGUAUAUUAAGUGAUGAUAUCAGAAAUCUGAAUAAGUUAUUACAUAUUGAUUUAAGUGGAUCAAAUUUGUCUGGUGAGAUACCUGAUGGUAUAUAUUCAUUAAGUGAAUUAAAAAAGAUGAAAUUAGGAGGUAACAGAUUUAUUGGUAGAUUAAGUGAUAAUAUUAAAAAUAUGAAUAAUUUAUCAGAGCUUGAUUUAAGUGGAUCAAAUCUGUCUGGUGAGAUACCUGAUUCUAUAUAUUCAUUAGCUAAAUUGAAUUAUCUGAAUCUAAAAGGGAAUAAUUUUAGUGGUAGAUUAAGUGAUAAUAUUAGAAAACUAAAGAAUAAAUUAUUAGAGCUUGACUUAAGUGGAUCAAGUUUAUCUGGUGAGAUACCUGAUGGUUUAUAUUCAUUAAUUAAAUUAAAAGAGCUGAAAUUAGCAGGUAACAGGUUUAAUGGUAGUUUAAGUGAUAAGAUUAAAAAUCUGAAUAAAUUAUAUUAUCUUGACUUAAGUGGAUCAAAUCUAUCUGGAUCAAUACCUGAUGGUCUAUAUUCAUUGAGUAAAUUGGAAUAUCUAUAUCUACAAGGAAACAAAUUUAGUGGUGAAUUAAAUGAUAAUAUUGCAAAUAUGAAUAGGUUACGAUCAAUUGAUUUAAGUGGAUUAAAUUUGUCUGGUGAGAUACCAGAUGGUAUAUAUUCAUUGUAUUGGUUAAGAUAUCUUAAAUUAGGAGGUAAUAAUUUUAAUGGUAGUUUAAGUAAUGAUAUUAAAAAUAUGUGGGCUUUAUUAGAGCUUGACUUAAGUAAUUUAAGUUUAUCUGGUGAGAUACCUAAUGGUCUAUAUUCAUUAAAUAGAUUGGAAUAUCUAGAUCUUAUGGGUAACAAAUUUAGUGGUAGUUUAUCAUCUGAGAUUGGUAAUAUGAUUAGGUUAACUAGUAUAAAUCUAAGUUUUAAUCAAUUAAGUGGAACUAUACCAAAUGAAAUAGGUGAUUUAAUCAAUCUGAAAGAUUUAGAAAUGAGAGAGAAUGAAUUUGAAGGUAAUAUUCCUGAUCUGGGUCGUCUAGAAUUUUUAGUAAAUAUGAAUAUUAGCUCAACAAAACAUAUUCUGAAUGCAAGUUGUAAUGAUAACAUGUUACCUCCAUAUAUUAAUAAGAACAAAUGUUUUAUUGGACCUGUGAAUAAAUUAUGCAAUAAUACUAUAAAUUGUCAAUACAACUUUAUAGAUAAAUCAUCAAUUGGUUCAAUAGUAUAUAUAUAUAAAUUAAAAAUAAUUAUUAUGAUGAUAAUAUGCAGAGGUAUAAUAGAAAUGAUAUUAAAUUAGAAUUAUGAUAUUUAUAUAAAAUGAUAUAAUAAAUAAAAUAUAUAUAGAGAGAGAGAGUUAUAAAAAUAUAGAUAAUUUGAA